AUGGAGUCAGUGUGUCAAAAGCUGAAGGUUACUAGAAUGAAAUUGAAAGAGCUGAAUACUCAGGAAUUCAAUAGUGUGGGAGCUAAAGUUCAAGAGUGUCGACAGAGGUUGGAAAUCACUCAAAGCUUGAUGCGAGAUCAACAACAUGCUAGUGAACUAUUUACUAUUGAAAGAGAUCUGAUAAAGGAAUUAGAAAGAUGGAGUGGGGUGAAGGAGAGCAUAGUUAAACAGAAAUCUAGAACUAAAUGGUUGCAACUGGGAGAUGGAAAUACUGCUUAUUUCUAUGCUAAUCUCAGGAGUAGAUUAGCACAAAAUAGAAUAAAGCAUCUUACUACUGCACAAGGGAAUAUAGUCCAGAAGACUGUGGAUAUUGAGAAGGAAAUUAAGGAGUUCUAUGUUGGAUUAUUGGGAUCAACUGCUGUGCAAAUACCUGUUGUGGAUAUUCCAAUUAUGAAGAGUGUCAAUUGCCUUAAUAGAGUGCAACAACAAGCUCUAAUUGUACCUAUUGAUAGGGAGGAAAUUCACGCAGCACUCCUGAGUAUUGAUGAUCAGAGGGCUCCUGGAUGUGAUGGGUUUAACACUUUGUUCUUUAAGAAAGCUUGA